CGAGACCGCAAAUUCCAAUCGCAGCCAGGCAUGCGGACGCUGACGUGCCCGUGCAAGGCCCGCAAGUGCGACGAGUGUAAGGGCUGCGUCAAGUGCCAGUGUCACUGCCAUGGACCGCCACCGCGCCUGCCGCCCGAGAUGCGGCCCCAGAAGGUCAAGAAGCCGCCCAAGGUCCGGACGCCACGCGCCAAUAACGGCGACGAGCCGACGCCCAAGCGACGCCAGUUGACCAUGGACGAGCUCAUGCAGCCGCGGCGACGGGCAUCGAGCGGCGACAAGAAAGCUGCCGAAGAGACCCAGGACACGCCUGAGGAUGCUGCGGACGAUAUCGAGGACGUGCAGCCGCGCCGAUCGUCCCGGUCGCAGGGCGUCGCGGACCAAGGAGACGAGCCAGACACACUCGCCGUCGCAACUGACGAGACUCUGACCGCGGAUGCUGCGGAUGCAAGUGUGGUCGACAAUGGCGAGAGCACUGCCGCCGAGCCGGUGCCUGAAGAGCCAGUGGUCAUGCCCGAACCAUUGAGCCUCGAAGACCAGCUGCAAGCACUCAUGGAUCGCAGAGAAACCGAGGCGAGUGAGCUCGCGGCGCUCGAGCGGCAGAUCUUUGAGCUCGAAGGCGCGUAUCUUCGGCGCAACCAGCACGCCGGCAACAUUGCCAAGGGCUGGGCGCCGGCGAAACUCUUCAUUGCAGAAGUCGUGAAGGACCAGCUCAUGGAGCUCGAGCUCUCGGGCGAGAACCCGCCCGACAUGACGCAAGCCGAAGAAGAUGCCGUGAGUCAGCAGCGUAUCUUUUCGUUCUCGUCCACGUCGUCGCCCGCCGAGCUUUUGGCGCAGCAGUGGGUCGAGCACAAGUCGUCGGACGAGUUGUUGGCCUUGCGCCUCGCCUCGGCACCGCCCAGCCGCGCGCUACGGAAGCGAGACCUCGCAGUGGACACGAAUGAGACCGAACGGUCGCCGCGCUCUCUCGACGAAGGCACCUCGUCGUCGGCCAAACCCCGGUCCAAGUCGAAGCGAAAGAAAUAGCUGUAUUAUCAAAUCAAUCCAAACCUAUCCAGUGUCAACUAUCCAACA